UGAUUGAAGCGGAGCUCCAGCUGUCACGGCGCGCCAAAGCUCAAACUGCGCCCAGAGAGAGCGGGUCAGGCGGGAGGAAGCGAGGCCUGGAUGUGGACCCGAACAGAACCAGAACCUCUCUACGUGGUGCUGACCCAGUGACGCUGCUUUCUGCGACGGCUCGACUGACGCGUCCCUGUUGGGUUUUAUACCAAAGGCGCCGUCCGAACAAAGAUGAGUCUGGUUGUGUCCCAGCAGCAGAAGCUGGUGCCGUAGAUGUUCUCCUCACUAAGAACCACAUCUGUUGUUGUAUCAGGCUGAAGUUCUGCCCGCCGUGGUCCAGACGGUACCGGAGAGCGACUCUGACAGCGGGAUGGGUUCCCCGGCCGAGGAGGUGGUCACCGGGACCACGGCCGAGAAAGGAGGCCCGCUUCCAGAUUCAGACGAGGAGGACGUCACGGCUCACAGGAGGCUUCGGCGUAACGCCAUCAGAGACAGCGACAGCGAGGAAGAGGAGGCUGCUGCAGAGACCAGCCUGAAGGAGGCGCUGGUGCUGCCUGCCUCCAGUGGGGAGGAGGAGGAAGAGGAGGAAGAGGAGGCCAGGAGCAGGGAUGCAGGAGGGAGGAGGAGCAGGAGGGUCACCCACCAUCCUGCUGACGGCGAGCAGCAGGGAGGAGACAUGGAGGAGGUGAAGAAACGGGAGAAGAGUCAGAGAAACCGUGAGAAGAAGGGAAAACGCAGCAAAGCGAUGGAAGACCUGAAGAAGAAGAAGAAGGCGGAGCGGUUCAGUGAGGAAGAGGAGGAUGAAGGUCGUCCUCUGGUUCUGAACGACAGCGGCUGUCCUCUGGGAGAUCCGGACCUGUUCGACACCGGGCUGGGCGAUGAAGACGAGGAGGAAGAGUCUCUGGACGCCAUUCGAGCUGCGGUCAAACAAAAGAUGAAGAAGAUGAAGGAUCCUCUGCUGGAGGAAGAGGAGGACGAAGAGGCCCCAGAGAAGCCCCAGCGUGUGGAGAGGAGAGCGGCGCGCGCCAGCAGGGAGGCCAUGAAGGAGCUGCACAGCGAGUCCCAGCGGCUGAUCCGAGAGUCCACGCUGGGUCUGCCGUACCACGUCCCUCAACCCAAGACCAUCGACCAGUUCUUCAGGAGGAGAACCCGACCCGAGGGUUCCGCCAUGGCCUUACUGAAGUCCUCCAGGUAUUCAGAGCUGAUGCUGGAGGCGCCCUCAGCCCCCCCUCCUGUGGACACGCCCCUCCAGCCACCUUGUGAGCAGGAUGCUCCGCCCUCUCUGGAGCUCUCAUCCAAUCAGAUCGAGUCUCCACCGGAGCCUGCAGCCACCUCAUCGCCGCAGCAGGAGAACUUCCCUGCAGACGGAUCAGAACCGCAGCUGGAGUCGGGUGCAAUGCUGCUGCUCUCUGAAAGUCUGCAGGAGACGCUCGGUGCCGACGCUCCAGAAGAACCAGAAACUUUAGCUGCCCUUCCAGAACAGAACCGGGCUGCAGCCCAACAAACAGAACCGCAGCCGGACCCGGUUUCAGAAUCUGCAGCAGAACCCACCAAAGCAAAGCGGGACAAGCUGGCCCGUCUGAAGGAGCUGGGAUUGGACCCGCCACCUGUGGCCAGGCUGUGUCCGGACGACGGCGCCUACGUUCACCUGGAGCCUGCUAUCAGUAACCCAGGUGUGGAGGCCCUGAAGGAGCGCUACCUGCGCCACGUUCACGCACCUGUACGCCCCGCCGCGGAACGCACCGUGCAGCUCACCGUCGUCCGCAAAGACAGCGCCCCCUCUGGCCAGGAGCAGCUGCGCUCCGAGUCCGUCACCGUCACCGUGAAGGAGGGCGGGGACGAGCCGGCGGCCGCCAAGCCAGGAGAGAAGCUGCUGACCCUGAAGCAGCGGCUGCAGCUCGCCAUGGCGCAGCGCAGGCAGGAGGAGCGGGCGCGUAAGGCCGCGCUCCAUCGCCUUGACAACGAAGAGUGUGAGGAGGAGGAAGAGGAGGAGGAAGAUAUGACGGACGAAUCUGAGGAAGAGGAUGUGGACGACCUGCUGGGAGGCGGCGAGGAAGAGGAGGAGGAGGAGAGCACGGCGCCGAGCAUCAGGAGCGGUUCUCCUGCGGCGCAGACGCCUGACCUGGUCACCGCCGACGGCACGCUGAUGCUGUUCCCCGGCAGCUCCUGCUCCCGCACCGGCGACGGCGUGAGGAAGGCCGGACCCGCCGGCGCCGACGUCUGCAGCAAGACAGACGAGGAAGACUCCCUGAUGAAGGACGGCAGCCACAACAGCAGCUUUGAGCUCGGCGCCUCCAUGAUCACCUCCUACCAGCCCGUCAACCAGCGCGCCAUGCCCCGCCCCCCCGCCACCGCCUUCCGCUCCCCGUCGCCCUGCUUCUUCCGGCCCAGCAUCCUCGGCUCCGCCUCCAAGAGCUCGGGCCGUCUCUCCCAGCAGUCCCUCUGCCUCCCGGUGGAGGACUCCCAGGACCUGUACGCCCCGGCGUCCCCCGGCGCCGACUCGGGCCCCCUGGGGGGACCGGUACCGGGUCCGGGGGGAGACUCCCAGGGCCGGUUCUCCCUGGAAGACGAGGUCCAGUCGCAGGUGCUGGACGCAGACGGCUUCCUGAACGUGGGCCCGCGGCCCGGCGCGUCCCACAAGAGGCAGCUGGUUCUGGACAACCUGGACGAGAACGCCAUGGACGCCAACAUGGGGGAGCUGCUGGGGUUCUGUUCGGGGGGGUUCGGGACCGCAGAGGGCGGCGCCGACCCGGUCGGGGGCCUGGAGGCCUUCCGGGAGGACGAGCUGCUGGGUUUGUGUUCUGGAGCGUUCCCAGAGACGCCGGCCGAGCAGCGGGACCGGUCCGAUAAGCCCAUGGAGCAGCUGCUGCGGUUCUGUUCAGGAACGUUCCCCAGCCAAGGUUCUGCUGACUCGGCUCCACGGCCCGCAGAAAGGGAGACCAAGCCAGAGGAGGAAGAGGAGGAGGAGGAGGAAGACUGUGAGUUUCGCCUCCUGUCAGACGUAGAAAGUGAACAGGAGGACGAUGGUGAGGAUGAAGGUGACGGCAGUGAUGAGAAGGACGAUGUGGAGGAAGAGGAGCUGCAGAGCGUGUUCGCUCCCCGUCGAUCACAGAAGAAGAAGAAGAAGAAGAAGAAAAUGACUCUGAUGGACUUUGUGGAUUCUGAGGCGGAGCUGUCAGGAAGUGACGUCGGCAGCGAUGAUGAGGAAGGAGACGUGGGCAGCGAGUACGAGGAAGAGGAGCUGCUGGAGGAGCUUCCUUCAGACGAAGAGCUCCACAACCAAGUCAACAAGAUCCACAUGAAGCAGAUCCUGGACGAUGACAAGCGGCGCCUGCGGUUCUACCAGGAACGUUACCUGGCCGACGGCGACCUGCACUCUGACGGCCCGGGGAGAGCGCGCCGGUUCCGCUGGAAGAACAUGGACGGCUGGGUCGGCGCCGACGGGCUGAGCGGCGCUGGAGAGGAAGGUGGCGAGGAAGAGGAGGACGUGGACCCGGCUGAGGUGCAGAGGAGGAAGGCCCGGUUGGAGAGGGAACAGUGGCUCAGAGAGCAGACGGAGCAGAAGGCCCGGAAAGGAGAAGAUCCGGACGAAGACGAGAAGCUGGAGGAGGACAGUCGGUUCAUGAAGCUGGCCCGGAAGCUGACCGCCAGAACCCUGCAGAGGAAAGCAGAACCGCCUGCAGCCCCUCAGUCGGAUCAGAACGCCACCGCAGCGCUGAACCCGUUCCAGAAACCUUCACAACCCGUCCAGGUCAGGAGGGGUUCUCUUCUGGGUCGGCCCCAGGCGGUUCUGCAGAAACUGGCCAACAUCUCUGAGGGGAACCUUCUGGCUCCCCGCAGCACCAGAGGCUUCCUCUUCCAGACGCUGUCCCCGGAGAAGGUUCCGGCGCCGGCAGACGCUCCUCACAAGGUGGCGAGGAAGAGGAACCAGGUGGAGGUGGAGAACCCUGCAGCCAAGAGGCCGUGCAGACAGAACCAAGCUGCCGGGCCCAGCCAGAACCCUCAGAGGAGCAUCUUCAGCUUCCUGGACCACUGAGGAGCUGCUCACUGGAUCUUUGACCAGAACCGGUUCUGUUUAAUGUUCACAUGUAAAUAUUCUGAUUUUAACCUUUUUAUUGAUGUCGUUGUUUCAAAGUGUAAAUAAAAGUAUUUUAGAACCUU